GCGCCUCCCUGCCACUUCUCGACAGUAUGAAAGAAGCGGCCGGAGGGACCCGUCAGGGCGCUGGGCUCUUCUCGUCUCCCCCCUUCAAAUCACCCCAACCCGAUGCCGCUUUCUACUACAGUAGUUUGACUCCGGCCCGCCGAACAGCCGCCCGAGGAUUCUAGAGUCCCCCCCAGAUGCAACUGGACGUUCUAGAACGUUGCAACUUCUUUCGGACGUUCUGUCUCUCGGCUGCCGACGCUGGACAUCCCCCUCCUCCUCCUCCUCCUCCCAGGGACCUUCCUCUCCUUACCGCCGGAGCAAGUUUUAGGGGGGGUGGAAGAGAGAAGGGACGGGAGGCGACCGACCGAUCGCUGCUUUUUUUCCCCUCCGGUGCCUUUGCUCCCCGUUGAUCGCGUUACAACGGGGACACCAUGAUCGUCGCCGAUUCGGAGAGUUGCGACCCCGCCGGAGUCGAAGGCUAUUUGCCCUGCCAAGGCUGCGAAACGUUAAGGCGUCAAAAGGAUAGAGGGAUAAAAAUCCCCCAGCAGCUGGGAAGAGGCCCCAGUUCUUUCAUCCCAGUGGAAGAGAUCCUACAAGAAGGAGUGGAGAGCGCCCAGCGACGGCUCUUCAUAGAAGCCUUUGUUUCAACGGGCAGAGUGGAUAACAUUACCAUGGUGAUGGGACUACAUCCGGAGUAUCUGACAAGCUUCUGGAAGACUCAGUACCUCUUGUUGAGGAUGGAUGGGCCACUGCCGUAUCACAAGCGCCACUACAUCGCAAUCAUGGCAGCUGCCAGGCAUCACUGUUCCUACCUGGUUGGCUUCCACAUGGGAGAGUUUCUCCAGGUAGGAGGGGACCCAGCCUGGCUGCGAGGUUUGCAGUAUGCCCCGCAGAAACUCAGGAACCUGAAUGAAAUCAACAAGAUCCUAGCUCACCGGCCUUGGCUGAUCACCAAGGAACACAUUGAGGCCCUGCUAAAAACUGGGGAAAACAGCUGGUCUCUAGCCGAGCUCAUCCAGGCCUUGGUCCUGCUGACACACUACCACUCGUUGGCUUCCUUCGUGUUCGGCUGCGGCAUCAAUCUGGAGCUUGACCAGGAAGCUGGGCACAUCUUCCGGCCACCUUCGCCACGCAGCUGCGACAGUAGCCCCAACUCGGAAGAUGGGACAAACAGUUCCAGUAGCAACGAUGCUAUGGAGGAUGUGGAAAUGCUGAUGGAGAGGAUGAAACUGCUGCAGGAAUGCCAGCUGGAGGAAGAAAGUGUCACCCAGGAAGAGAUGGAGACCCGCUUUGAGAUGGAAAAAAGAGAGAGCCUACUUGUGACUCCCUCAGCAGACAUUGCUGAACACUCCCUGCCCCCCAACGUCCUGUGCUUUGUGGAGGAUCCAGAGUUUGGCUACAAGGAUUUCACCAGGAGAGGAGAGCAGACACCUCCCACUUUCCGAGCCCAGGACUAUACGUGGGAAGAUCAUGGUUACUCGCUUAUCAACCGGCUGUAUCCUGAUGUGGGACAACUGUUGGAUGAGAAAUUCCAAGUAGUGUACAAUCUGACUUAUAACACCAUAGCUAUGCACAGUGGGGUGGACACAUCCAUGCUCCGAAGGGCUAUCUGGAAUUACGUCCACUGUGUCUUUGGCAUUCGGUAUGAUGACUAUGAUUACAGGGAAGUGAACCAGCUUUUGGAACGUAGCCUGAAAAUCUACAUUAAAACUGUGGCCUGCUACCCGGAAAAAACCACUAAAAGAAUGUACACUCAUUUCUGGAGACAUUUCAAACAUUCGGAAAAGGUGCACGUCAACCUGCUGCUUUUGGAGGCCCGCAUGCAGGCAGCCCUACUGUACGCUCUGCGUGCCAUCACCCGUUACAUGACCUGACCGGACUUUAUGGGCGAGGCAGCCUUGCUCCUGGGCAAGGGAGCUUUCUUCCAAAGACCUGUUUCUGGAAUGUCUGGUGGAAAAAAAAAAAUCGAGUUACCUCACCUUCUACCUGUGGCUAUUUUUGGAAGCGUUUUGUAUGAGGAUGGACUUUUCAGUCACUCUGCCAAAAAGCGACACUGUGAGAGGCAGAGGUGGUUUCAACAUGAACUGUUCCCUUGAUGUGUGAAGGAAACCGACCUGUUUCAUCAUCAUUACCUGGGGAGCCAUCCACUGGUUUUGCCAACGGUGGCCCAAGGUUUUGGAGUUCGAUGCUGAGGUGGCCAGCUCCUGUUCAAAAAUUCGAGCAGGUCUUGCCUCCCAUGCUGAUGUCUCUUGAUGACUACCUUGGUGUGCACCAAAGUUGGAGACGGCAGCAUUUUAAUGAAUUGUGCAAUGAAUACCCUCUGCCCUGUCUACAUCUUCAUCUUCUUCUCUUCUUUUUUUGCAAUGAAGAUGGUCCUGAACCAGCUGAAGCAAAGACCGCCAAAGAGAACCCCUCUGCCAUGGAUACGGCUUUACUCUUUCUCUUUGGUCUCAACUUGCUACAGAACACUGAAUGUAGAACUUUGAACAUUUCAAGCGGGUAACCCCUGAAGCUCUCUUAAGACUAGGGAGCAGUGAUAUGCCCUGGGUGUGUAUGUGAUGAUGACAAUGUACGUGCUGAAUUUAUAACAAGCUGGCCACUGGCGUAACUGGUGAUUACACACUACAUUUCUUUUUUUUCUUUUUUUUCCUAAGCUUCAGAUCCCAAGAUCUUUGUGUUUCAGAUGUUCUCCUUGCGAAUGUGGAAAUCUCUCGGCCGCAGAGUGGGUGGUGGCUUGCAGACGAGGUCAAAUUAGAAAAAGAAUGUGGAUUUGUUAUUAGUUGGCUGGAAUAUUCUCUCCUCCUGUUGUUCCCACUCCAAAACAAGACAGAAAUAAGACUUAUCUUAACAUGUGAUUGAUUUCUCAGAUUAAAAAGGUAGCUUCAAGUUCACAAAACUCUCUUCCCAAUCCCCCAGAACAUUUGCUUCUGUCCUCUUUUUUUUUUUCCUGGUCCUUUUCUAAGAAGAUUUUUUUUUUCCUGAUGCAAAGCUGUGUUGUUUGGCUAUUAGGUCCCAUUAUCUCCUCUUGCUCAAGGCUUUGAGCUUUGGACAUUGUGAAACUCUUAUCUUCUUUACAGUCUGCUCCUUGCUAUUCGGAAAGCUUAUAGUGAUGGCUGUAGAAACUGGAGUUGUCGUCUCUCUCCAUCUGUCAAGCCCAUGAAACGGUCAUAAACAUAGUCCAGACGACUUAGAAAUCUGGGGGCUGGAAGAGAGAGAUUGUUGAACGUCUGUGGAGAUUCUCAAUCAUCCAGCUCAUGGUUGUCCUAAAGGUGCUUUUCAAAAGGCAACUGGACUUUGUUUUUGUUUUUUAUCCCUUGAAAUUCAAAUUCAAGGGAAAAAAACCAAAGUCCAUUUGCCUUUUGAAAAGCACCUUUGGGAUCUUCACCUGAUCUAUUCCAUGCAAUGAAGUGAGACUCUAGAUUUAAGAGUUAGCCUGAAUCAUUUCAGAUUAUAGGCUCCAGAACUGCAGUUUAAACUUCUUUCUUAUCAUUUUUUUUUUAAAAAAGUACCCUCUGUAAUAAAAUAAUUUAGCAUGAAAGUGUUGUGGUCCGCCAGCAGCUGCAGCGCUGGCAGCAGAGUCGGACAGUGAGGAGGCUGGGGAGGAACAUGGGCCAGGCCUGGAGUCUGGGGAAAGCUCGGACAAGGGCUCUGCGUCGGAGGCAGAGAAAGGGCCAUCUGGGAGGUACAUGCUACCUCCAGAGCCUCCAUAGUCAGACCUCAGCGAGGCAGAGGAACAGGGGGAGCCUGUUCCCAGUGUGCACAUGUGCAGAGCUGCCAGAAGACAAGAACAGCUAAAACAAAAGGGACAACUCGGGAGUAGGACUUGGAGAUGUUUGGCCCAUCCCUUAAGACUUAAAAGAGGAGCAAAGGCAUGUGGGCCUUCGCAGGAAGCAACAUUCUUAAUUCUGUGCAGUUUAAGGUCUGAAGCUCUGUUUGAUUCUGGACUCCGUGUGGCUUUGCCAAUUAAGUCUUUGGCAGCGUGUCAAGGGAGAUAAAGGUGAGUGGUUAUCAGCCUUAUCCCGAAGGACUCUUUACAACUAUUUGGGACUCAACCUGUGAAUGAACAGAAUUCACAGCUGUUAAAAUAAAACAGGUUUUUGGGACUAUUCAUGUGUUUUACUGACUCAGGAAGCCUAGGUCAGAACAGAAAGAAGCUUGGCUUAGCUUCUCCCUUGUGCUAGGCUAGAAUUUUAUUUGCAGAGAAUUUUAGACCGUGUUCUUAGAAGCCAGCCUGAGUUACCACUGCCUUGAGCGACUGACUCAUCCCCUUGAGGUAGCAGUAUGUGAUGACUGAGGACAUGGCCAGAUGGGGAGUGGCCAAAUUUGUUUUCUCCCUAACUACCACUGAUAUUUGCUGGCGGUGACCUCCCUAAAGGUUCAGUACUGCCCCAAUCCAAAUAAGAGUGAGCUUUAUUUGUCUGCAUCCCUUAUCCUGCCCUGUUUGGAAGAGUGAGGGAAGAAAUGAAGCACUAAGACUGUUUGUUUCUCAACCUUGGCAACUUUUAAGAUGCUGAUUCUGGAAUUCUGGGAAUUGAAGUCUACAGGUCUUAAACAUUUGCUAAGGUUGAGAAACACGGCCUUAACCUUUGUCUGUUUUGUCAGCCAAAUGGCAGACUGACCUUGCAUCAACUCUCUUAGUGUUCACAGAACAUAGCUUUGUGCUGGUUAACCUGAUCAUGUGAAGUCUCCGCUGAGCUGCCAGGUCCCUACAUCUGAUUGAUUGGAUUCCACUGCUUCUUGAAGCGCUCGCCGUGUGUGUGAGUGUGUGUGUGUAUGAGUGUGUGUGUAACAAGACCUUUGUUGGAAUGCUCAGUUGCAAAAUUAUGAUCCCCGAACCGUAGUACAGCAGAUCAUGACUAGUAUUGAUGAUACAGGGGUUUCUGUUACAGUCAAACAGAUCUUCUAAACUUCAUGCUCUAAUUAUCAUCAGGUUAUUGGCAACUAGAGAGUAGGAUGGGGAGGAUUUGAACUAUGGGUCUUUUUGUUCCCUGCUGUUCCCUCUCUACUACUGCUUCAAGCAAUAUUUACAGAAGGUUCGUGUUUUUUUUAACUCAUUUCGUUGUCAAAGCUAGCAGUCUCCCUAAAAAAACAAAAGUUGCUCAUUAGGCAGAACGAAAAGAUGAUUGAGCUUGUUACUUCUGUCAAGCAAUUUCUCCUUCCUGCUAUUACUCGCUCUUCCUACUCUGAGAAGGAAUUAAACGUCCAUCAUUUCAAAUGUUAGUACCUAGGAAUGGGAGGGUUUAAAAUAUUUUUAUCCCAACUCCCAUGGACCCAUUGAGGUCAGGAGCUGGUAGGAGUUGGAGUCCAGCAGCUAGAAAACUACAUGUCAGUUAGAUUCUGGCCCUUGGCUCUUUUUUAAUUUUUCGCCCUCAGUAUUACAUUUCAGUUUGGUCCCAUGUGAGUUUUCUAAAUCCUGGAAAAUUUCAGCUCUGGCUUUUUGCUGUCUCUGCAUGCUUAUUAUAGAAGAUCGAAACUUCUUUAGGUAUUGUGGGUUGCUAAAACCCAUCCACUUUAGCCCUUGUGGCCUAAAAGCUGGAGAUUAUAGAAACCAUACGUCAACAUCUAGAGAACCACAAGUUCCUCACCCCUUGUUCCCAGUUCCUUUCUUUCUGAAAUCUUGGGAUUCAAAUCUGAAUUUUUAGACUGGUACUAAGCCCUCAGGUCGUACAAUGCAAAACAAGCAACAGUCUACCGCCUCCUUUCCCCCUUGGUAAUUUACAGCCCAGCAAUAACCAGCUUCAAAUAGCAACUGUUAUGAAGUUGGGUUCCCAGGAAAAUGUGAAGCUUUCUAGGCAUUUCUGAAAUAUACAUAAGAUUCAGUUUGGAGCAAACAACUCGGGUUACAAGAGCUAAAUUUAACUAUUGCAGGCCUAGUCAAAGGUUGCCCCAACUAGACUGUACAGUUGGAGAGGGAGGUGAAUUUAGCAGCCAACACAACUUUGUGUGGUACCUCCCUGAUGCAGAGUUUGGCUUAAAGACAAAACCUGCAUUAUUUUGUCCAUUGGCCAGAUUCCUACAGUAGACAUAAGUUCAUGAGAGAAGUCCAAAUGGGAUGAUUUAUGCUUGUUGUUACUCUCAGUGCCAGGAACAGUUAUCCCUGAAGUUAAGGAAAUCCAGAACAUGUUUUAAGGCAUUUUAUUUUUUAUUUUUUAUUUAUAUGCCGCCCUUCUCCGGAGACUCAGGGUGGGCUUACAAUGCGUUAAGCAAUAGCCUUCAUACUUUUGUAUAUUUUAUACAAAGUCAGCUUAUUGCCCCCACAAUCUGGGUCCUCAUUUCACCUACCUUAGAAAGGAUGGAAGGCUGAGUCAACCUUGAGCCUGGUGGGAUUUGAACUUGCAGUAAUUGCAGGCAGCAGAUGUUAAUAACAGUGCAUUAAUCCACUGUGCUACCAAGGCUCUUUUGUUUUAAGCCAAAGAAAAGAAACCCAGGAUUCAUUUGUGGAACCCAGCUUAUAAAACAGGAUAAUCAGAUGCCACCCAACAAGAUUUUUCAGACAUUUUGAGAGCCAAUUUGAUUUAGUGGUUGAAGGACCAGGCUAUAAAGCAUAAGACUAUGAGUUCUGGUCCCACCUUAGCUAUGAAAGCCAGCUGGAUGUCUUUGGGGCCACUCACUUGCUCUUGGCCCAACUCACCUCACAGGGUGGUUGUUGUGGGGGGGGGGGAGAAAGGAGGAGGAAGACGUGUUGGAUAUGUUCGCCGCCUGAAGUUAUUUGUAAAAAUAAUAAUAAAUGGAAAUAAGUAAAUAAAUAAAUGUGGGAUACAUAUCGCAGGUUUCCUUUCAGGAAUUCCUGUUUGGCAUAGGGUCAAUAAUGGAUUUACUUCAGGGGUGUCCAACUGUGGCAACUUUAAGAUCUGUAGAUCUUAACUCCCAGAAUUCCUUAGCCAGUAUGGCUGGCUGGGAAAUUCUGGGAGUUGAACUCCAAGUCUUAAAGUUGCCAAGCCCUGACUUAGUAUAUUUUCUUGAAAACUCACAAGCACCAUGGUCUAAAAUUUGCAAAUUUUCUGACAGACCUUCUCUGACUUGAGAAGAUGGUCGGAGUAUUUCCAACUAGUUGAAACUUCUUAGACUGAAACAAAAGUGCUUGGGGUGGGGGUGGGGGGUUAUUAUAUUGUUUGAUUGAUUUUACUUCAGUUUUAUUUGGACACCUGCGCAUUUAAUGGUUGUUACCUGCCUUGAGCUGCAGAGCAAAACUUUAAAAAUAUCUUGCAGUCUGUGAAAAAAAAAAUCACCAUUUUUGCAGGUUCUUAAGGCUGAGCUAUCCUCUUUUAUCUUGUCACUUCAGACUUAAUGAAAGGCCUGUAACCCUGAGCAUCCAACUGAUAACUUUCUUUUGCCUCUUCCUGAGGGAUGUUUGCCUUAAAAUGGAACAAUUCUGUGUGCGUGAGGCAGCGAGAACAUAAUGUCUGGAGCAUUCGCCUGAGUGUGCCGAUACAUUUCACGUUGGUGCCGGCUUCAGUGAAAUGAUCCCUGACGGACACCUCGCCAUCUGGUAGCCUCUUUUCCUCCAGGCCUCCUCCCAGAUGGUGCCCUCUUCUUCCUCCCCUACUUAUCACCCAGUAAUCUACAGAUCGGGCAGCCCUCAAAUCUCCUGAAUUCAAUCUUUUGCUCCGCAUUAAGUUAUGUUUUUUUUUAAUGUAUUUUCUUUAUCGGCGCUGUGACUCUUGAUUCAAAGUGUUUGUUUUUGGAAAAAAAUAAAGUUGCCUUUUUGUUUACCAGA